CUGAAUCCCUCGACAAGGAAGAGGGAGAAGCGAAGCUGGUUGUUUGAGAUUGAGAUCAUGGCCGUCGUUGAGAGCACGAGCGGCGUCGAUCUGGCGGCGACCGGGAGCCCCUUAACCGGAGGCGGCGUAGCGCCGGACCCCCGCAGCCCCAAGGGUCUGGCCUCCGCCUCCGACGCCACCGGGCUCACUGUCCUCCGAUCUCACCCGGAUGCCUCCGACGCGUUUCACGCGAAGCCCCUGCGCGCACAGGAUCCGACCAGGGACGGGUCUUCGUCCGCGUCGGCGGCGGCUCCGAGGCCCAACGGCGUCGUCUCCGGAGGCGAGGGGUUUAAGCGGGAGAUGCGGGAUUUAGUGGAGUUUCUCUCGAAGUUGAACCCGAUGGCGGAGGAGUUUGUCCCCCCGUCUCUCGCGGGUAUGGGAAAUAGCUACGGCGCCUCCGGCGGCGGUAGCGGAGAGUUUUUUGCGAAUGAUUCUGACAUGAGCGAUGGAGUGGGGAACGGCGGCGCUGUCGGGAUUGGUGGGAGGCGGAAGAAGAACGGGUAUGGCCAAGGGAAGCGUCGGAUGAACAGCCGGACUAGCUUGGCACAGCGAGAUGAAGUGAUUAGGAGAACUGUGUACGUCUCAGACAUCGAUCAUCAGGUUACUGAAGAACAGCUUGCAACACUUUUCAUCAACUGUGGGCCGGUUGUUGACUGUCGCAUGUGUGGGGACCCAAAAUCAGUUCUUCGGUUUGCUUUUAUAGAGUUCACUGAUGAGGAGGGUGCACGAGCUGCCUUAAAUUUGUCAGGAACUGUUCUUGGGUUUUACCCAGUAAGAGUGCUGCCUUCAAAAACUGCAAUUGCACCUGUCAACCCAACAUUUUUGCCUAGGUCUGAUGAUGAACGUGAGAUGUGUUCAAGGACUGUCUACUGUACAAAUAUUGACAAGAAGGUUGCUCAAUCAGAACUUAAACUCUUCUUUGAGUCUAUUUGUGGAGAGGUUUAUCGCUUGAGACUUCUUGGAGAUUAUCAUCAUUCCACAAGGAUUGCUUUUGUUGAAUUUGUGAUGGCUGAGAGUGCAACUGCUGCUCUGAACUGUAGUGGCGUGGUUUUAGGAUCCUUGCCAAUAAGGAUAAGCCCCUCGAAGACUCCUGUGCGUCCACGAGCGCCUCGCCCUCCCAUGCACUGAAUCUUGGACUUCCAUGUGGUGGCUGAUGGUAGUAUAUACACACAUAUACAGACAUCUAAGGUUUAUCUUUUGGCUUAUAAGUUAAUCCCAUGUAGUUCUUUUUUCCUUCCUAUUUCACGAAAAAAAUAGCAUUAGGAGGCUGGUUCGUAAUACUUUUCUUGCACAUAGAGGCUACGGGAACAUUGGGGCUGACAUUUAUCUAUGAUCACACAUCAAGACUUUCUGUGGUUCUGCGAAAGUAAAUGAUCAGCUGUGUUUAGAUCUUGCCUAGCUUUCAUACAAGAUCAUAUGGUUGAAGGUGUUUUUUGUGAUCAUGUUAGAUAAAGAAGGCUUCUGUUGCCCUCAUCUAUAAGCCUACACAUCAAGGGCUUUAAAAGAUCCAGGUCUGAAAUAUACCUGCUGCCAAAGUCAAUUAUAUAUGUUUUCUGCCAUCCGAUGUGCGAUUGUAGUCAUCGCAGCACUACCUUGGUAGUGUGUUUUGCUUCUGAUCAUUGACCCCAAAGGUUUGAUGAAUUGUUCGCAUAUCAGAUAUAUUUUUGUGAUAAAUUCCAUGCUAUGGUAGCUUACUUUUA